AAAAAGUAGCCAUAUGGGAGGUAACCGUCUGUUCAAUCCCCAUCGACUAGAUAAUCUUAUUUCGUUUAGUUUUAGAAUUUAGUUUUAGUUUUAGAUAGGUUCAUUUGAAUUUAGCGGCAGAUCAAUUAGCUGCAAUAGGUAUAUUGUUAGAAUCGUUCGUCGGGUUGAUAGAAAUAUAGUCGCCAGUGAGGGUAGAUAGGUUACCGCUCAUUGGCAGAGUCGCUCGCGCGUGAAGACAGACGACACACGUCGUCGGCGCUCCAAGCCCCGAAUCCAUCACGCUGGGCCCUGGGGCCAUCCCAAGUGCUACAGGGAAGUGCUUAGUGUCGGUACCGACGGGAGGAGAGACUGCGACGGCGCUGGUGAGUCGAGUUUUCUUAUUUUCUCCUCACUGGUGUCGCGUCAAAAUUAGGUAUUCGUUUUGAAAAAUACAGUCCAUCAGGAAGCGAUUCAAACCCCUUCACCCAUGCCAACUGGCCGGACUGAACAUUGGUCCUUCGAACCGGAUUUGUUUCGUUUGAACCACACCAACUCUCGUAAAACUCGGCCAUGUUGGCAAUUUGUUUGUAAGAAUAUUCGAUUCUUAUAACCAAAUUCUCGAAUCGCUUCAGUGUUUAGGCGUUGAUCUGCCGUUAAAACUUAUUUCGCAUAGUAAUACAAUAUAAUAGGUCCCUAAUUGUCGUAAAACCUACGAAAGAAUAGAAACUACGCAUGAAAUUGUGUCGUGUCGUUGUGUCGUUAUUAGUAUUUCAUCGUAGUUAAUAUUCGCGUAGAAGUUCGUUUCUAGACCUAAAACUUCUGUAGCACUUGCAUUUCGUAUCGUAUUAUAAAAUAUUGUGUCGUAUUUCGUAAAUUGUUUCGUAUCUCAUUGAAUAAAGAUCGUUUAAAUUCCAUUUUAUCUUUCACGCGGUAUUGGAUAUUAUGCGAUCAAAUAAAAUUGUCGUUGUUCUCGUAUGCAUUUAGUAGUAGUAAAUGCUAUCAUACUUGGUCGCAUAAUAUUUCAUAAUCCGCCAUAUUUGUCGUUUUAGUCAUUGGUCGGAUGUUAUGCAGUCAAAUUAAGUUGUCGUUGUUUUCGUAUGCGUAUCGUGAUAGUGAACGCUCAAUCAUACUUGAUCGUAUAACACUGCAUUCGCCAUUACAGAAAAUAACAAUUAAUUGCGUAAGUAGGUACCUUUUGUUCUCGUCUCGUUUUAGUUACUACUUACCUAAUUAAUGUUUGAAAAUCGAUUUUGUUCCUAAAUACCUAGUAGGUACAGUAAAUAAAUAUACUUAUCUACCUAAUAGUUGUCGGAUUGAAAUACUUAGUUGUAGAAAUAGGUAGGUAGGUAUCCACUCGUAUUCGAUUCAAAUUGUUUUUCGGUAUCGAGUAUAGAUAUUAGCCCCUACUAUUUGUUCGAUUGUCGCUUUGUUGCAUACAAUCAAAGUUUCGUUCGAGUAUCGUUAGUUUCGUGUUGUGAUUACGUUUUAAAAUAGUUUGUUAAGAUGCCUCGAUCGGAAUUAACUGCAGUAGGACGUCGUAGUCAGCAAUUAAAACGCGAAAUAGCCUUGAAGCGUAUCGAUGAAUGUUUGACAGCGGGUUUAGAGGCAAAGGAUGAUGCAUCGAGAUUACCAUUGUUUCUAUCACGCUACAGUAGACUCGAAAGUUAUUGUACGAGUUUUGAAUCACAUCACUUGAAACUUUGCUCGGAAAUAUCGGACCCUAAGGAGUUGGAUGAGGAAGAUGAGGUUCGUAGUGAUUUUGAUAAUAAAUAUUUUAAGAUAAUUGAAAUACAUCAAUUAUUAACUUCGAAUGUCGAAUCACGUCCACUUAACGAAUCGCAAUGUUUUGAUACUACGGUAAAAUUACCUAAACUUAACUUGUUGAACUUCGAGGGAGACAUCAAGUCAUGGGGUACAUUUUAUGACAUGUUUAAUACUAUGGUACACAAGAAUAAGAGAUUGUCUAACAUUGAAAGAUUUUCGAUACUUUUGUCACUUCUACGUGGUGAACCAUUGGAGCUAUUAAAGGGUUUUCCACUUUCUGAAAACAACUAUUUAGAUGCAUACGCGGCUUUAAUUGACCGUUACCAAUGUAAACGUAAAUUAGCAUUUCACCACUGGGAAGAACUACAACAUUUCAAGUGCACCUCCACAUCUCCUCGCGAGUUACGUCGUCUCGUUGAUACUUUUAAGAAAAACAUAGCGGUUCUUAAGAACUUAAGAUUACCGGUCGACGAUUGGGAUUUUCCAUUGUUUUAUUUGAUGAUAACUAAACUCGAUCAAGAUACUCGUCGUCGCUUUGAACUCCAAAACAAUAAAAAGGACAUUCCUUCGUUUGACUCGUUGCUCGAAUUUCUUGAUAAGGCAAGUCGGGCGCUCGAGCUAGCUGAACUCGAGCCUACUAGUAGCGCGGUCGCAACGUCCGCCACAUCGUCGUCAUCCCCGCGCCAACCGAGAACGCCUGCUGCCAACAUUCGUGUGCCGCGUGAGAGGAAUUCGAAUCCUCACACAAAGGCCUUGAUUACCAAUACUACAGUCUCCUCUGACUCUCCAUGUAUUUUGUGUCGUAAAAUUCAUUCGCUCUCGCAAUGUUCCGAAUAUCAAAACAAAUCACCUCGAGAUCGUUUUACUCUAGUAAAGGAACAUAGGUUGUGCGUACUUUGUUUACGCCCUGGCCACGUCCUUAGACUUUGUAAAUCUAAGGCUCGCUGUUCAAAGUGUGACAUGUCUCAUGCAACGAGUCUACAUUUUGAUGACUUGUACCCUAAGCCUUCCUUCGAUGGUAGUGGAAGUUCACCUGUUGUCAGCACUUCACCUCAAGAUACUCUGAAUGUCUCGAAAUCUGCGUCCAGCACUGAGACAACGAGUGUCUCUCUUUUAAGUGAUUCAGUGCCAUCCCACACUUCUCUGUUAGCUACAGCUGUCGUCGAUGUCGUCAACAAUUUCGGUUGUCGUUCUAAAAUUCGUGUCGUAAUCGAUAGUGGCAGCCAAUCAAACUUCAUUACGGAGGAGUGCGCUCGCCGCCUCGGACUUCAGUUAUGCAAAACAAACAUCUCUGUUGAAGGCAUCGGGCAAGCCUCUUCUAUCAUAUCUUGUUCCACCAACUGUCGUAUCGUGUGUCCGGAUGUGAACAUGGAUAUUGAAGUUCAAGCUUUGGCCGUGCCUACAAUUUGCAGCCAGAUGCCACCUGCUAAGUUUGAUAGUAAGCAAUGGCCUCAACUUAAAGGUCUUAAGUUGGCAGAUCCGAAUUUUAAUGUACCUGGACCAAUCGAGGCUCUUAUAGGUGUAGACGUUUUCUGCAAAAUAUUCUUAGGUGAUCGUAUCGCAUGUGGUGAACAGGGACCCACAGCAUUUAACACAAAGGUAGGCUGGAUCGUGAUGGGUAACACCUCACCAACGAUUUCUCGUGCCUCCUUACCUUGUCGUCUCGAUCCACAUGACUCGCAACUUCGUAAGGUCUGUGAUGUUAAUGAUCUCCCUAGGUCGUCAACCAUGAGUGAAGAAGAAGCUUUAUUGGAUAGCAUCUUUACCAACACUCAUACUCGUUCAGAUGUUGGUAGAUAUGUCGUUGAACUACCUUUAUCUCGUAAUGCCCAUCUCCACCCUGAGUAUAACACGUUCGUGAGGGACUAUGUCGAAAACUCUUUGCAUAGUGAACAACUUGUUAUCGAACCGAAGCUACAGGCUGACAUCCUUUCGAACGAUGUCUCUCGACCUCUCCAUGAUGUCGCUACUCGCGCUGAUUUACCGGAGCCAACGCCGAACUUGUUAAAUCAUAUCAUCGAGGUUCUACGCCGUGGUUGUUUUGAGCUCAGGAAGUGGGCCAAUAAUUUCUCGUUGUUGUUAGACAAUAUUUCUUGUGACUAUCGUGGUGGUCAAUUGUUAUUGUUCAUUGUCGAGAGCCAACUCUCAGUUAAGGUUCUAGGCCUGGAGUGGAGUCUAUCCCUAGACAAUUUCUCAUUGUCGUUAAGACUGAAGCAUGAAGUUUGCACCCAGCGUAAUGUAAUGUUAGAAUUCGCUCGUACUUUCGACUUUUCGAGACUCCUUGAACCUCUUAUUAUCGCUUUCAAGUAUAUCGUCAAACAAAUUUGGGCGCCUGGGCUAGAGUGGAAGUCACCAUCCUCUCGUUGGAAGACAUACGUCGCUAAUUGCAUUGAUCGCAUUCAGGAGACAAUCCCUCCUAGUCAUUGGCACCUCAUCAGGACCGAGGAUAAUCCGGCUGACUGUGCCUCUCGUGGCCUAUCGGUUCAGCAAUGUAUCGAUCAUCAUCUGUGCUGGUCUGAUCCUAAGUGGCUGUCGUCUUUUGAACCCGUUUGGUCUAAUGCUCGGAUCAUCGAAGAACCCGCUACUGCUAAAGCAGAACAACGCGAUUCAGUUGUGUCGUCAUUCGUUGCAGUCGAUCAACUCAAUAACUAUCCUUUGCUUCCCAAACCGUUACGCAAGUUACAUCCCUUUUUGGAUGAAAACGGUUUAGUCAGGGUGGGCGGUAGACUAGUUCAUUCGGAACUAGAUCACGGUUGUAAACGCUCUUUGUCGUUACCCCGACAACCACGUUUAACUUCGCGUCUCGUCAAUCAAAUGCAUCCUGAUAACAUGCAUCCUGGUCUUAGAACACUAAGCUACUUGCUAGCUCAGAAUCAUUGGAUUCUUUCGUCUCGUCGAGCUAUUAGUAGUCAGCUAUCUAAAUGUGUGAAGUAUUAUCGCGAUGAUCCUAAAUUUUUAACAUUUCGUAUGAGUGGCUUACCCAAAUUGAAAGUUUUGCCACUUAAAACUCGUUCGUGGUACCCCUGGUGGGACCCUGGCGGUUAUCAGAGUCGAUUUCGUGGGACCGUUUCCCUCGUACAUUUAGCGUUGUCGUGGAUCUCGUACCUAUCGUCUCGUAGAAUUGCGUUUCUCGUGUCGAUCUCGCUACCAGGACUAGGUCGGGUCGACUACAAAGACCAUAGAGUCCGCUACUAUUUAUCGAUAUUUAAAAUACACGUAUUUUGGUGGGCGGAAUGUUCAAUCCCCAUCGACUAG